AUGGCCGACGCAUCCACCGCUCGUCUCGAGCGCACCAUCGUCGCUCUUGAGGCCCGCCUGGCAACCCUGACUGAUGAUGGCGUGAAGACCAUCCCAGCCACCAGCAACCCCGGUCCCCUUGGACUGUUCGCUUUCGGCCUCACAACCGCCCUCCUGCAAGGCAUCAACUCCACUGUGGUCGACAAGGGCUCUGUGGGCCUCGUCUACUCCUUUGGCUUCUUCUUCGGUGGCCUGUGCCAGCUGAUUGCCGGCGUGCUGGAGUACUCUCGCAAGAACACGUUUGCCACCGUCGCCUUCGUCUCCUAUGGCGGCUUCUGGAUGGCCGUCGCCCUGAACGGAACCCUCGUCGCGGCUGGUGUCUACCCCACCUCUGUAAAGGGAGAAGAGAUGAUGCUGUCUCUCUGGGGCAUCUACACCUUCCUCCUGUGGCUGUGCACCUUCAGUUCCAACCUGGCCCUGUCCUCCCUCUUCCUCUCCCUGGCCCUGCUCUUCUUCUUCCUGGCCGGCGGACAGACCAAUCACAACCUGAUGAAGUUUGCCGGCGUCUGGGGCUUCAUCGUCUCCGCCAUCGCCUGGUACCUGGCCGUGGCCACCCUGAUGGAGGAGCUGUACGGCCGCGUCAUCCUGCCCAUCGUGCCCUUCGCGCCCAUCAACAAGAUCAAGGCUGGCACCUUCGGAACCCGCCGCCGCGUCGACGACCCCGAGCUCGGCAGCAAGGAGUGA